UCGUUGCCGCUGCUCAUCACGCUCUUGUAAUCAUGGCUAUAUCGUAGUAGAGCGAAGCGAGUUAAACAGUUCACUUGUAAAACGAAUUCGGUGUUCUACGGACGGAAAUAAAAAGUAUUGUCGCAACUAUAUACAAAGGCAAACGGUGACAUCUGCUUCAUUUCCGGUCAAUCAAAAAGAACUUCAAUACUCUAAGUUAUUAACAAAAAGUUUGAUAGCCAAAAUGGUUCAUACAACGAUUUACGAUGAAGCCCCAAAGCUAAAGAUGAACGAAGUUCCCCAAAAAAUGGCUGCCGAAGCUGAAACUCACUUGGAUCAUAUGUGCCGCUUGCAGUUCGACUCACCCGUGUCACAUGUUCGCCUUUCCGGCAUCGUAUGCACCAUUGGACCUGUCUCGCGCAGUGUCGAAAUGCUGGAGAAAAUGAUGGCAACCGGCAUGAAUGUGGCACGCAUGAACUUCUCUCACGGUUCGCAUGAGUACCAUGCCGAAACUGUGGCCAAUGUUCGCACCGCUGCUAAAAACUAUUCAGCAAAGAUUGGUUAUGAAUAUCCAAUUGCCGUUGCUUUGGAUACCAAGGGACCCGAGAUCCGUACUGGCCUUAUUGAAGGCAGUGGCUCUGGUGAGGUUGAAUUGAAAAAGAAUGAACUCAUUACGCUGUCCACCAAUCCAGAUUUCCUCGAGAAGGGCAACAAGGACACCAUCUUUGUGGACUAUGCAAAUAUUGUCAAGGUAGUGAAACCAGGCAAUCGCGUCUUCGUUGAUGAUGGUCUUAUCUCGUUGAUUGUAAAAGAAGUGAAAGCCGAUGCUUUGGUAUGUCAAAUUGAGAAUGGUGGCGCCUUGGGCUCACGCAAGGGUGUUAACUUGCCCGGUGUACCCGUCGACUUGCCAGCUGUAUCGGAGAAAGACAAAUCUGAUUUGAAAUUCGGUGUAGAGCAGAAGGUCGAUAUGAUUUUCGCUUCGUUUAUUCGUAAUGCGGCAGCACUCACGGAAAUUCGUGGUGUUUUGGGUGAAGAGGGCAAGAACAUCAAGAUUAUCUCAAAGAUUGAAAACCAACAGGGUAUGCAUAACCUGGACGAAAUUAUCGAAGCAUCAGAUGGUAUUAUGGUGGCUCGUGGUGAUUUGGGUAUUGAAAUUCCACCAGAAAAGGUAUUCUUGGCACAGAAGGCUAUGAUUGCACGCUGCAACAAAGCUGGCAAACCAGUAAUUUGCGCCACACAAAUGUUGGAAUCGAUGGUGAAGAAGCCGCGUCCAACACGUGCUGAAAUCUCCGAUGUGGCUAAUGCCAUUCUCGAUGGCGCUGAUUGUGUCAUGUUGUCCGGUGAGACCGCCAAGGGUGAAUAUCCUUUGGAAUGUGUGCUUACAAUGGCAAAGACCUGCAAAGAGGCUGAAGCCGCAUUGUGGCAUAGAUUUUUGUUUGCCGAUUUAGUGCGUGCCACGCCCACUUCCACCCUGGAUUCAGCACAUGCCGUGGCCAUUGCAGCCGUUGAAGCUGCCUCGAAAUCAUUGGCUGCCGCUAUUGUGGUUAUUACAACUUCUGGAAAGUCUGCUCAUAUGAUUAGCAAGUAUCGUCCACGUUGCCCAAUCCUUGCAGUCACACGUUUCCCACAAACUGCUAGACAGGCGCAUUUAUACCGCGGAAUCAUACCACUCGUCUAUACUGAACCGGCACUAUCUGACUGGUUGAAGGACGUCGAUGUUCGUGUACAAUUUGGCGUGCAAGUGGGCAAGAAGAAUGGUUUCCUUAAAUCUGGUGAUCCAGUGGUCAUUGUCACUGGCUGGAAGCAGGGAUCUGGAUUCACAAACACCAUGCGUAUUGUCCAUAUUGAAUAAAAACCGCCGUUGUUAGGCUACCUCGGACUCAGAAGAAAAUUAGAAGCGCUCAAGGACAAGCGCACAACUUCAUCUUGUUGCAGCGAAAUUCAAACACACAUACAUAUGUAUAUGAAAUACAAAUCUACCUAUCCAUCGGCUAUCCACAUAAUAAUUCACUCAAACUGCGAAUGUUAUUAAUUAAAUGUUGGUAUUAAUACUCUGCAUUAGUGAAGAGGACUAUUAAAUGUUAUGAAAUAAAAAUACACACAUACAAGACAAAAAAACA